UCCGGUGGUGACUCCGGUGCCGCGCACGGCCAGCGUGCCGGGGAGGGGGUGUCACGCGAGGACAAGGUGCUGGCGCUGGUGGCGGAGGUGGCGCUGCGCGUGCCCCCGCUGCUGGACGUGGAGCGCUCUCGCCGCCAGCUGGCGGACGAGGCCCCCGGCUCCUCGUCCCCCCUGGGGGUGGCGCUGCUGCAGGAGAUGCAGCGCUACAACGCCCUGCUGCAUACCGUGCGCUCGUCUCUCUGUGCGCUGGAGCGAGGGAUCCGGGGCCUGGUGGUGAUGUCCGCCGACCUGGAAGAGACCUUCGCGUGCAUCCACGAGCUCCGUGUGCCACCCUCAUGGACACGGGCGUACCCGUCGCUGAAGCCGCUGGGCGCGUGGACGCGGGACCUCGCGCGCCGCGUGGAGCACUUCUCCCGCUGGGCCGAGACGGCGCGGCCCCCCGUCCUCUUCUGGCUGUCGGCCUUCACGCAGCCCGGCGGGUUCCUGGCCGCCGUGCUGCAGGCCUCGGCACGACUCAACGGGGUCUCCAUGGACUGCCUCUGCUGGGAGUUUGUGGUGUCCACAGUGGAUGACAACAACAUCCUGGCUCCUCCCAAGGACGGGGUGUGGGUUCGAGGCCUGUACCUGGAGGGCGCCGGCUGGGACCGGCGCGCCUCCUGCCUGGUGGAGGCGGAGCCCAUGGAACUCGUGUGCGCCUUACCCACAAUGCACUUCAAGCCCGCGGAGCGCAAGCGGAGAUCCGCCAGGGGCAUGUACGCGUGUCCCUGCUACUACUGCCCGGACCGCGCGGGCAGCCCGGAGCGCCCCUCCCUCGUGCUGAGCGUGGACCUCAGGGCCGGCUCACAGUCCCCCGAGCACUGGGUCAAGCGGGGCACGGCACUGCUCAUGAGCCUGGCAAACUGAAGCCACCACCAUCACUACCACCACCAUCACUACCACCAUCACCACCACCAUCACUACCACCACUGGGUCAAGCGGGGCACGGCACUGCUCAUGAGCCUGGCAAACUGAAGCCACCACCAUCACUACCACCAUCACCACCACCAUCACUACCACCACUGGGUCAAGCGGGGCACGGCACUGCUCAUGAGCCUGGCAAACUGAAGCCACCACCAUCACUACCACCACCAUCACUACCACCAUCACCACCACCAUCACUACCACCACUGGGUCAAGCGCGGCACGGCACUGCUCAUGAGCCUGGCAAACUGAAGCCACCACCAUCACUACCACCACCAUCACUACCACCAUCACCACCACCACCACUACCACCAUCACCACCACUGGGUCAAGCGGGGCACGGCACUGCUCAUGAGCCUGGCCAACUGAAGCCAUCACCACCACUACCACUACCACCACUACCACCACCAUCACUACCACCACCAUCACUACCACCACCAUCACUACCACCACCACUACCACCAUCACCACCACUGGGUCAAGCGGGGCACGGCACUGCUCAUGAGCCUGGCCAACUGAAGCCACCACCAUCACCACUACCACCACUACCACCACCACCACCAUCACUACCACCACCACCACCAUCACCACCAUCACCACUACCACCAGCACCAUCACCAUCACUACCACCACUGGGUCAAGCGCGGCACGGCACUGCUCAUGAGCCUGGCAAACUGAAGCCACCAUCAUCACCACCACCAUCACUACCACCAUCACCACCACCAUCACUACCACCACUGGGUCAAGCGCGGCACGGCACUGCUCAUGAGCCUGGCCAACUGAAGCCACCAUCAUCACCACCAUCACCACCACCAUCACCACCACCACUACCAUCACCACCAUCAUCACCACCACCACCACUACCAGCACAGGGUCAAGCGGGGCACGGCACUGCUCAUGAGCCUGGCAAACUGAAACCACCACUACCAGCAUCACCAGCACCAGCAUCACCACCAACACCCCUACCCCCCAACACCCCACUCACUCGUAGAUUUCUGUUGGGUGUCUGCGGGGUGUCUGUUCGCCUGGAGGUUAUUUGAUUACUUGACCGGGGCUAAAGUUACGGGGGCCAAAAUCCCAUCGGUGAGACCACCAAAGACCCUCCUUCCGGGAAGCCUUCGAGAGCCCCUGGCGUUUCACCGGGUUAGCCGAGGCCUUUGUGAUAAUAUAGUACAAAUCCCACUCGUUCCUAGAUUCCUAUUGGGUGUUUGUUCGUCUGUAGGUCGUUUGAUUACUUGAACCGGGUUAACUGAGAGCUUUGUGAUAACACAAACCCACUAGUUCCUAGAUUUCUGUUGCGUGUCUGUUCGUCUGUAGGUCGUUUGAUUACUUGAACCGGGUUAACUGAGAGCUUUGUGAUAACACAAACCCACUAGUUCCUAGAUUUCUGUUGGGUGUCUGUUCGUCUGUCAAGCACACAGACACACGCGUACAGACGCACAGACACACGUACACACAGACACACACUCAUACGUACACACACUCAUACGUACACACAGACACACACACGUAUACACACACACAUACACACAGACACACACGCAUGCACACGCACACGCACACAAAGACACACACACGUACAUACACACAUACAUACACACAUAGACGCAUGCACACGCACACGUACACACACACGGACACACAGAUACACAACUGUUGACUUGCUGUGUGAUUUCAAGACCCGCCCAGAGUGUUGUUGUUUUUUUGCUUCUCGAUUAAAGAACGAUGCAGAUGUC